AUGAAAGUAGCUAAACAAUAGAAGAAAUAGUCAAUUUGGGAUUAGGUUAAAAAUGAAGAGAAGGAUUUCUAUUUCAAUUACCUGUAGAAGAAAUCGAGGAAUCUCCAGAAGAAAUUAAAGGACAUCGCCGAUUUAGAAGAAUUAUCAAAGACCAAGGAAUUAAAGGCAGAAUAAGUUCAAAAGAUUUAAAGCAAAGAAGAAAACAAUGAAAAAGUAAAGGAAUUAGAAGCCUAAUUAUCCAACUGGCUAUCAGCAAAGAAGGAAGCAGAAUAAAGUGGAACACUCCUCACCCAAGAAGCAUUCAUUCUCAUUUUAGAGCAUUUGUCUGAAAAUCAAGACACUGUUGCCCUUCUCUCUCAAGACCAUAAUUCACUUUAUGAACUUGCUAAACUACUUUAAAAUAGAGUGAAUGGGUAAUUGAGAAAGAAAGAUCAACCAUGGAAAGGUUUGAAUUUGAAACAUUAAGCACAUUCUGAACACCCCAAACAAGUCGAAGUGGUCUAGCCAUUAAAAUAAGAAACCCCUUAACCCUAAGAUAUUGUUGAAACCCACAAGGAAUAGACACAAUAACAGGAAUAAUAUGUUUUGAUUAAAUCUAGUCCAAAAAAAUCAUUCCAAGAAGAAACUAGAACUUAAGUACAUCAAACCUUAGAUUAAUAACCUAAUCAACAUUCGGAUGAUACUUAAUAGUAAGAAAACACCAAUUUAGUACCAAAUACCAAUCAACCUUAGGAAUAAUCAUAAUAGCCAGAUCAACAUGAAAAACAAGACAAUCAAGAGAAAACUCAUUAACAUAGAGAAGGUCAUAGAUAACAUUAUUAACAUGAUAAUUAAAGAAAAGGCUAUAAGAAGAAUUAUCAUCAAGAUAAUAAUUAUGAUAGAAGAAAUAAUGGGGAUGACCAUAAAAAUAGACCUUAUAGAGGAAACAGACAAUAUUAAAAUAGGGACAGAUAAUAGAAGGAAGAAUGGUAAGAAAAGAAGGAAGUAGUAGAAUAAUAAUAGGAUAAUUAAAGCUAACAUAGUUCGGAUGAAGAAUAUAUUACCAUUGAACGCAGAUAAAAAAAACCAUAACAUAAACCAUAGAGAGGUGGAAAUAGAAAUAGAUAAUAGAGGUAAGGAGACACUCAACAGAAUGUAAAUGUCGAAUAAUGA